AUGGCAGGGCAGGGCAAGAAACCGCACUUGUCCGGAUACAAUUAUGGCGCCAUCUCCUCUCUUGUGUUGACUGCCGACCAGUCAGCUCUCCCUCGUCGCGACAAGGAGCCAAAUGGUGCACCAACUUCACUCGUUGGUCGUGUCAAUCCUCGCGAUAUGGGCUCCCACGUUCAGUGCAAAAUGCCCAAGGACCUCGAAAAGAAGAAAAAGAAGGCUUCCGACGGCCAAGAUGCGUCUGAGAAGCAGCCUGCCAAACGAAAGACACAGGCCACUGGGUUUGGGUACACCGACAUUAUCGAGGCAACCCAGGAUGUGGAGGGCCUUACUUAUCGACCCAUGACGGCCGAAACGCGCGAAGUCUACGAACUCAUCCUGUCGUCUGUCCACACUUCCCUCGGAGACCAGGCGCAAGAUGUUGUUGUUUGGAGUGCUGCCGACAUGGUACUCGAAACUCUUAAAAACCAGAAACUGAAGGAUUUCAACAAAAAGCGCGCGAGAUUGAAGAGAUUCUUUCACCUUUCGAAAAAGAUUACCGACUACGGCGCCGAAGAUGAGACCUCGGGGGACCCCGACGUCAAAAAUAUGGAACUGGAUGACGAGGUUGGAGUUGCGGUUGUGUUCGAUGAGAAGGAGGAGCAGGACGAUGACGAAGAAGAAUGUCCGACAAAGACACUGUUUCCCCUCAUGCCAUCGACGCAUUCUGGGUCCAACGUCAAGUUGCAGAAAUCUACUCUGACCCAGUCACCGCUGCCGAGAAAACAACCUCCGUUCUCGAUCCUCGACUCCGAGUCAAGUUUGCGCGACUGCGAGAACCAACUGAUCGAGCUCUUCGAAUAUCAAAGCUUCCAUAUCACAACCAGAUUCCUCAAAAAUCGCGAUGUCAUCGUCUGGUGCACAAAGCUCAUGCGAAGUAAUGCUGAUGAGCGGGUUAACGUGGAGGUUGCGAUGAGGGAAAGGGGCGUGGGUUGGAUUCUUCGCGAGUUUUUGGAGGAUCGUCAGGCUGGCAGAUCCAAGCCGUCUGAUGCUAUGGACGUCAAUGAACAGAAAAAUGACAUGCCCAUGUCUUGA